AUGUCGUCCCAAACGCCACUCGAUUUCAGCUCAGGUCCCAUGGUCUGGAUUGACUGCGAAAUGACCGGACUCGAUCCUAGAAGGGAUAAGAUCUUGGAAAUCGCAGUACUGAUCACAAAUGGUAACCUGGAGCUUGUCGAUGAACAAGGCAUCCAGUUCGUUAUCAGGACUGACGAGGCAGUUUUGAACUCUAUGGACGAGUGGUGCAGAAUUCAACAUGGAAAGGCUCUUAACGAAAUAAUCAUUCAGUCUGGUCUAACGCAAGCCUGCAUGACCUCGCCUCACACAAGAGAACAUGUUUCAAAAGCUGUUUUGGAGUACAUCAAGAAAUGGGUGCCGCAAAGACGGACUGCGGUUCUAGCUGGAAACUCGAUUCAUGCAGACCGGUCAUUCUUGGUGGAGGAAAUGCCUGAAGUUAUCGACUGGCUUCAUUACCGGAUUGUUGGUGAGUCAAGUAUCUAUGAAUUAUGUCGUAGAUGGUACCCGGAAAAUCAAGUUCCGAAGGACCCAUUGGCCGGAAAACAUAGAGCUUCUGAUGACAUCAUGGAUUCGAUUCAAGAAUUAUCAUGGUACCGCCAAAAUAUCUUCGUUCAAACUGUGUCUAGGAAGACACGUUGA